CAGUAAUAUAUAGGAAAAAUCAAAACAUCAAAAGUAAACAAAUAAGAGAAAUAUAUUUAAAAAUGAGUGCUAAAUCGAAAAGAAAUAAUUAUUAACAACAAAUAUGGACUAUAAGAAAGAUGCAAUAUACACGUAUUGGGUACAAUACACAACAAAGAAUGAAGAAGCUUCUUUUAGACAGUUUAUAUGUGGAUUUGUUGCAAUAUGGGAACCAAAAUUAAAUUUAAAGUGGGUCAACACAGACAUUUGCUUACCGACUACUAUUGAUCCUGAAGCGGGUCCUUCUUUAUCAAGACUACCUGAUGAAUUACUGCCAGCGAUUGCAAAAUUUCUAUACAUUGCUAAGGAUAAUACAGAAAAAGUAAAUGAAUUGUCCAACCAAAACAUUGUCGAAGCAGAGUAUUUAAUUCGUUGUUUAAUUGUAAUUAGCAGGAAUUUUUAUAACAUUCCAUUAUUGACAUCCUGUGAUUAUAUUAAAGAAAGCACAUCUGUUGCUACACAUUUAAUUCACAAGCUUUUAUCUACUGAUCAACAAUAUGAAGAACCUACUAAGUCUUCAAUAUUAUCAUUUUGUCAUUCACUAUGUCAUUUUCUGGAAUGUCUAUAUGAUCCAUACCAAAUAUGGCGUUGUUUCGAUUCUUCUCAAAUGAAAGAUUUAGAUAUGUCUAAACUUCAGUACCCUCCUUCUAUGCUACAUGUAGAAGUUGUUCCUUUUAUAUUUGAUUGUUUCGAGACUAAUUUAGCAGUUAAACAUCCAUUAUUAGCCGCAGGACUUUUAGAUGUAUUUGGAGCAAUAGUUUGCGGGUCUCAAUUACUUCCUCUACAGAACAUAGAAAAUGGUCAAUAUUCUGUCAUUAUUUGUAAUGCAUUGCAUAAUGCACUUCGAGGAGUAAGUCCUCCGACCUGUACUCUAAUUAUGAAAGUGAUAUCAGAUAAAAACAUUCCGUUAGUGGUGAAAACUACAGCUUUGCGGUGUUUUGUAACGGUCACACAAGUAAUGAUUCAAUUUCCUCCACAUCAGUGUCAAUUGGAUGUGUCAACACAAAUUGAGUGUUUAAGAGAUACAUUAAAACAAUGUACAGCAUUUGAAAUAAAUGAGCCUUUGGUUUUAAGUGUGAUUAAAGCUAUUGGACAGUCAAUUGAGUUAUCUGGAUCUAAUGCUGAAAAAAUUAGAGGAUAUGUUGUUGAGUGUAAAUUAUUGGAAAUAAUUUUAGACAUACUUAAUAAAUUUGAGGAUGAUAUAGAAAUAGAUGAUGUAGUAAAAUGUGUUGAAACCGUUUCUUUGAUUCUUCGUAUGUCAAAUGAAGCAAAAACACAGAUGUUAAGUAUAAAUGGCUAUGAAAAGAUAUUUGAAUUUGUAGGAAAACAAGCAAAUAAAAGUCAACCAUUAUUAAAAGCUAUAAUUUCCAUUGCUACAGAAAAUACAGAUAAAACUUUAGAUCAAAACUUAGAGAAUGCCCAAAUGAUUGUACCAUUGAUUGAAUGGUUACCUAGUCUUGAUGAAAUGGAUCAAGUUUGGUUAGCAAGUAUAAUAUUUAAUUUGUGUACGACAAAUUUACAAAGUAAAUGUCAAUCUUCAGUUUGUAAAGUAAUUGACUCAGUAUGUACAUGUUUGGAAAACUGUAAUCAGUUAGUUCAAAAAACUGUCCAUCAACUUUUGAAACUUAUUGAAAAUUUGGCUUCACAUUCUAUAUCAACAUCUGAAUUGAAAAAGAUUUUUUUGUUAAUGAGAGAUAAAGAUGAACCUUUUCCAUAUGUCACUCAAAUACUUGGAACAUUGUCAGAAGUUGCUUAUUGUACAUAUGAUCAUAGCUGUAAAGUUUUUUUUGAUAUUCAAAAAGAUCAAGAAGGUCUUAUAAUUGAUGAAUUGAAAAAAUGGCCUGGACCUAUGAGUGGCUUAACCUUUCAUUGUUGGUUACGUUUGGAUAAUGUUAGCUUUCAUCAUUGUACUAGUACAUACGGCUUAGCUUCUUACAGACGCCAACUGUUACACUUAUUAACCAAUUCAAAUACAGGAUUAGAAAUUUUUAUUGGAUCAGAUUGGACACUAGUUGUUGGAAUGAAUACAAAAAAAGAAUUUUUUACCGUUACUGCUCGAGAUUUUAGAUUUGUAGAAAAUCGUUGGUACUGCGUAGAUGUUAGCUAUAGUCCAUCAAAGAGGCCUUUUGGACAUAAUCAAGUUUCAAUAUAUAUUGAUGGUGUGCAAAAUAUUAGUGCUCCUGCCAAAUUUACACCAUUAACUGAUCAAUUUCAAAAAUGUUCGAUCGGCACUUUUAUUCCUCAUGUGCCAAAAUCUAUUGAUACUCAACCUCAAGUAGAUCGAGGAAUAUUACCAUCAUUUAUUAGUCAGGUACCGAAUUACUUACUUAUGAGAGGAUCGAGUGCUAUGGAUCCAUAUGUCAAAGACUUUCCUCCUGGCAUGCAAGAUUCUUUGUAUGGUUGUUCCAUAUGCCUUAAGGGUCAAUUAGGUCCAAUUUGUUUGUUUCCUGAAUAUUUUUCAGCCCAACAGAUAAAAUCUAUUUAUGACUUAGGUCCAAAUUAUUCCUCACUUAGUACCAUGGACGAUUCCACAUGUGAUAUAUUAGGAUUGUUUAAUAGAUCAAUAUUUUACUUUAGUCCUACAGCUGCAUCUGGUCAUGAUAUUGCUCUAGAUUUAAGCCAAAAAAAUAAAACUAAUGCACGUCUUACAGCAGCUGUCAACAAAUGUUCACCUAUACAAGAUGUAAUUAAUAUGAUUGGUGGUCUAUGUGUCUUGUUUCCAAUUUUGGAAAGUCAAGUCUUAAAUGAAAAUGAACAUCUAGGUUUAUUGUCAUUGGAUCACACAAACACAGAAGUAUCUUUAGAUUUGGACGAUGUUUCAUCUCUUCGUUCAUACUCUCUAGAUGAAAGACUUGAGUUACACCCAAUAGGCUUAUUACUUAUUUUAAUUAAAAAUCUUAUGAAAGGAAAUGUUGUUGGACAAGAACAACUUUUAAGGAAAAAUGGCAUACCAAUUUUAGGAGAAUUACUUACAAAAGUACCUUCAGAUAAAAUUGAUUUGCAAAUGUUAGAAGCGAUGCAAUUAUUUAUGGAAUGUUUACAGGAAAUUUCUAACAUUCAACUACUAAGGGCAUUUUAUCAGCACAUUCUUUUUAAUUUUUCUAUUUGGUGUCGAUGUUCUUUUAAUGUACAAAUUGGUGUUGUCAAGAUAAUAUAUAUGUUGAUAAAAAAUGACCGUAAAUCAUUUCGAAAACGAUUUGGUGUUCAAUUUUUUUUAGACACUAUAAGAACUUAUUAUACCACAUGUGAUGUGUUAUCAGUCAAUCAUAUUACUGUGCUUAGGGCAUCUUUGUUGGAUAUUGUUCGAUUUUAUAUUGUUAGAGAAGUUAAUAUAUCAGAUAUAGAUAUAAUUGUACGAUAUCUUAUAACAUGCAGGGCAGAAACAAUGAUAAUAGAACUAUUAGAUAUAUUGAUAAAACAAUUAGAAACUGAAUCGUGUAAAGAUCAAUUAUUCUUAUUAAUGUAUGAACCACAAACUGCUGACAUUUUAUAUUGCAUUUUAAUUGAAAAAUCUAUUAGUAUGUUGGCAAAACAACGAGUUUUAAAGCUUUUGUCAAUAAUACUCAGAACAAAGUAUGUAUAUGAAAGGCAGAAGUGUAAUUUACGAUUACAAAACUCUGGUUAUGGGUUGUAUCCUGGUCUUAUUUCAUUGCUACCAGAUUUUCAGAAUUUAUCAAUGGAAGUUACUUUAAUGAUGUUUGAUCAAGUUUUAUUGACUGAUUCAAUGUGUACUUAUCCAGCAAUUUUAUCAAUUCUUCAUCGUCUAGCCUAUGAAGAUAUCGAAAUAAAACUAGAAGUGGCUCGAAAGUUAUUAGCAAUGAUUUAUAUGAGUCCAAAUGCAGCAAAAGCAUUUGCUAAACAAUCCGGCUGGCAAGAUUGUGUAACCCGGCUUUUAGUACACCGAUUAGCUGAAGGAAAAACAUCACACAACAAAGAUCUAAUGAGCUUUGAAGACAACGAUGUUGAAAAAAUUUAUAAGAAAUUAACAAGAUGGAGUUCAUAUCCUAAUAUUUUAAAAGCUAAACAUUUAUCAUUAAAAAAAUGGAAUUCUAUGUUUGAAUUUAAAGAAGAAUUUUCUGAUAAUGCAAUUCGCGAAAGUUCCAUAUCAGCAGUAAAAAAUUUUACAGAUGCUGCUAAUUUCAUUGAAAACGAAAUAAAAGGUGUGGCUGGAUCUGUAUCAGCAGUAGUUGCUGACAAUCUUCAGUAUGCUUCAGAAAAUCUAACUUCUGCAGUGAAUACAGUUGGUUUAGUUGUUAGUGACAAUAUUCAAAUUGCAUCUGAUAAUCUAGCACAUGCUAUGAACAGUGUUAGUGGUAAUAUUCACUCAGCUACUAGUAAUUUAUCAUUUGCUGUUACUUCAGCAUAUUCAAUGUUUAAGCAAAAAACUACAGAAAUACAAGAAAUCGGAGAAAAUGCUAAAGAACGAAUAAAAAAGUAUGCAAUGUAUUCACCUCAUUCUGAUAGAAAUACCAUUGAUGAAGAUAAAGCUCAAUUAAUGACGAAACAGUUAUUAGUUGAGUUGGGUCUUGAUAUAGAUUCCUAUAGUAUGAGUAAUAGAUCAUUUUUUAGAUCUAUGUCUAGCAGUCUUGAAGAUAUAUCGUCUAUAAAAUCUUCUAUUGCGCCAGAUAAUCAUUCGAUAAGUUCUGGAAUUAUGAUGUCUGAUAAUGCAUCAACAGUUUGUGAAGAUGUUGAAAGUAGUGAUCAGAAUGAUUUUGAUACUAUCAAUCCCUGGCAAGAGUUUACCAACAGUAAAACAGAGAAUAAAGAAAACGAUUUAUGUUCAUUGGUAGAAAAUAUUCUUUUUGUUGUUAUGUGGCGAGGAGUCAAUAUUCAUAGCAAAAAUUGUUGGAAGGAACGUGGUCAAGUUAUGGCGUGCAUUAAUAUGCUAAGUUUAAACAAUAUGUUAUAUUGUUCACAUUUAGAACUGAAGCUACAUAUUUUAGAAAAAGCUGUUGAAGCAGUAUUAAGUGAUCUCCACGAUUCUGGAUCUACUGUUGACUGUGAUCAUGCUAAGAUGGAAAAUAUUGGUCAGUUGAUAGGCUUGGUGUAUGAUUUAGUUGUACUGGAUCCAAGUCCAAAUUUUGACAAAAAGUGUUCAGUAAAAUUACUCGAUGGUUGUAUAAAAUUAAUUGAACAAUUAGCUAUUUUUGGAGAUAAUCAAGAACAGUACAACAAAGAUAUUGCUAUGAAGACUUAUGGACUCUUGUUGAGCUGCUCAUCAAGUCCUAAUAUGGAAAUUUGUGCUAUGGCAACAGUUAAGUUGCACACUAUAUUACAAACAAGUAAUAAAAGUGUUUUAGAAGUUGAAUGCUACUUAUUGCGCUCGGCAAAUACUAUUUUACAAAAAGCUCUCAAAGAUGAUAAUAUGGAACGCUAUUCUUUUAUUUUACCAUUAGUAAAAACUCUCAUUACUAAAUUGUCUGAGCCACUAAAUAUUUCUAACUCCGAACUCCCAAAUUUAACGGAAGUCUUGUACAGUGGAAAUUUUUAUGACAGAUUUUUACCAUACUGUUCUACUGAUGAAUGGACAGUUUUUGUCGAAACUAAGGUAAGAUUAUAUGUUUUACCAUUCAAUUUUAUUGAAAUUAUUGGUCCAUAGAACACUAGUUAUACCACUGGUAAUAUUAUAUAGUAUUUUUUAUUUAUUUCAU